AAUAAUCUAUUUUUUUUGUCUCGCUUCGCUUGCUCUCUCUCUCCGCCUCCAGAGCACUCUCCUCGCUGCGACUACUCUCUCAGAUGGCGAGCAGUAUAAUCUUGUUCGAGGAUAUCUUCGUGGUCGAUAAGCUUGACCCUGAUGGCAAAAAAUUCGAUAAAGUUACGCGUAUUGAAGCAACUAGCCACAACCUGGACAUGUUUAUGCAUCUAGAUGUCAACACAGAGGUUUAUCCGAUGGCUGUUGGUGAUAAGUUCACACUAGCUAUGGCUCCUACUCUUAAUCUCGAUGGAACCCCUGAUACCGGAUACUUCACUCCGGGAGCAAAGAAGACGCUUGCUGAUAAGUACGAAUACGUCAUGCACGGGAAGCUUUACAAGAUCACUGAGCGUGACGGCCAAACUCCAAAAGCAGAGAUGUAUGUUUCUUUUGGUGGCCUCCUAAUGUUGCUUCGUGGAGAUCCAGCUCACAUUUCUCACUUUGAACUCGACCAGAGGCUCUUCCUUCUCAUGAGGAAGCUUUGA